GCAAGCAUCUCAUCGGGAUCUCGUUCAAUGAACAUCGAUGGAUGUCUAAUUUUCGAGCAUCGGAUUGUACGCAGAUUCACCAGGCCUACUUGGAGACACUUUACGUGUCCCUCGAGAUCGCGUACACAGUCGUAUCGCGCGUUCAGGACUGCCGAUGGGAUGCUCCAAGCAGACGCGAGUCCCAAGUGGCGAGAUAGGUCAACAGCACGCGAAAUCAACGCGCACCCGAUCAGUUUAUGUGCUUUGCGACUCCGAUCUAGCUAUUCACACUUUCGGCUGAUCGAACGCGAGACCUGAAUUGACGAGAAUGCCGAGGAAAGAAAAGCAAACUUCGAGCCGCGAAUUCGUUGUAUCAGAAGUUGUUGGAGGCGCAAAUUUCACUCGAAGAUCGAACGUCGGUCGUUCCGAAAAUCCUCGCCAGUGUCUACGGUGUAGGUACCUUCAUAACGAGCGCACGAAUGGACUUUUGCGCGACUCUUUUCUCAAGAUGCAGAACUCAAUGUCGUCCAGCUGCAACGCAAAUAUCGCGAUCGAUUUAGCGAGUCCGACCGACUGCAUCGACAGUGAGAUAAAGAGCAGCAGUGAUUUGCAAUUUGCGUGCGAUCGGUGGCGUCUUCCGCGCGUCCGUCUCGCGACUUAUGUCGAGUAUACCGAAGAUUUUGACUGUCGCAAGUCAGCACGACGUGAGUGUUGCCGAGUCAGACGGCGCAGCUGCGGCUCUCGCUUGCAGAUUCCAGUUUACGGUGGCGCCGACAUGCCGCUGAUUCGCGAUUACACGGCCAGCGACUACUUCGGCAAAGGCGGCAUGGGCGAUUUCGUCUUUGACCGAGCGAUAUUGGCAAGCCUCGACAGAGCCAAGCACGCUGCCUUGGUCAUGGUGGAUCUGGUGAAGCGAUAUCCAGGUGAGAUACUAAACGGUCAGUCUCGAGCGCUUCGACGGGCGCUGAGCUACUCGCUGAUGUGUCCGAGGUCAGGCGCCGUGGACAUCGUAACUCUGGGACCGGCGACGAACGUGGCGCUGGCCGCCUCGGUGGACCCCAGCUUCUCGAGGAACGUCAAGCGCUUCAACGUGAUGGGCUCGGGCCCCUCGAGGAUCGGCUUCAACUUCGCCCUAGAUCCGCACAGCGCGACGAUGCUGCUGAACGCGGCCACGACGAACACCAAGCUCGUGACGAGCAGCAGCGCGGUGCCGCCGAGGCAGAUGCUGUCGAAGCACUGGCGGAUCAACGUCCUGGGCAAGCUUGACUCCGAGCUCGUCGGGUUCAUCAACGACGCGCAGUCGGUGGCGCUGAGGCGACUGGACUACUGGGCGGCGGCCGACUCCAUCGCCGUAGCGACGGUCCUCUGGCCGGAGCUCGUCACCGACUCCGUCGUGGCGCGCGUCACCUCCGACGCCUGCGACCUCAGCUCCGGCUCCAUCGGGCUCGAGAGCGUAGCUCGGGCCGACGGCAACGUCGAACUCGUCACCGGCUUCGACGUCUCCGGCUUCACCGACAAGCUGCUGCGACACCUGGCCCGAUCGCUACCCUCGCGCUGACCUCUUGUCGGCCGGACGGCGAGUUGUAUUUGUACCGGCAAGAACGCGCUGCGCCUCGGACACCAGUCUGAUCGUUAUUUACUUGGUCGAAACGGUUGUCGACAUUGUCGAAAAGUCGCAAAUACGUACGCCAAGUUUACGUGGUAUGAGGUUCAUUUGAGGUCUAUAGAAUCACACGAAUCAGCAGAACGGAAGCGUUACUUUGUUUCACUGUUUGCUAGUUUUAGUCGCCUAUUUUCUGAAUAACACGCGUGAAACGCUCGUCUGCUUCUGUGAAAACGAAUCUUAUCGUCCAUACCACGGAUGCGGAUGGUGACGACGAUAUAUAGCUUGGGCGGUACCCAAACUCGUUGCAGGGUAGACAGACUCUGCGUGAAAUCAUUCAGAGCAACCGGCGCGAGCAGACGUUUUCAGCAAAGCCGUGAAUUUAACAAGAGGGAACGAGAGAGAGAGAGAGAGAGAGAGAGAGAGAGAGAGAGAGAGAGAGAGAGAGAGAGAGAGAUGGGUUAAUUGAACAACUUUAUUUUACUGUUGUAAAGUCCAAUUUUUGGUAGAACCGGACAGCACUCACUGUACUAUCGUGUACGAUUAUUAUCAUAAAAUAACACAAAAAUAACCAUAAAAAAUGAAGAAGUACAAGAGUGUGAUCAAAUUUAAGUUUG